UUUAUCUGCAACGACGAUGGCAAUGGCGAUCAGAUUUAGGGUUUGAGAUGAUUUGGUUCAGUGUUCUUGAGAGUCGGAGGGAUGGCCUUUCGUGUGCUCUGGUUGAGUUUGGAGAUUGGGGAUGGAUCGAAAAUCCGUCCCUGAUUCGGUCUGGGUUCGCUCGGGCUUUGCGGGAUUCUAUUUCUCGAAAAGAAGGUUUGUUUGGGUCGGAUCAUCGAUGGCUGAUUUCGGUUGAUUUGAUGACUGAUAUUAUUUGGUUAGAAAGGAGUCUGAUUGAGUGGAGUCUGGUUGUACUAUCAUCAUGUCGAGAUUUCCAUAUCUUCCCGUUUGUGAUUUCGAUCGAGUGUAUCAAGGUGAGGAUCUCGUGGUAUGGCAUUUAUGGCAUUUGCUUAUGUUUCUUUCCAUGGUUCUUUGGAUUGAGAUUAUUUCAAGAUAUGGUAUUGGUGUUUCUGGGAUUUCGUUUGGUUGGUUAUGGAAUGUUGGAGUCUGGCAGAUUUUGUGUAUCUCUGUACGUUUGGUGGUUGGUACCAGAGGUAUUUAUCCGAUGGAUUGGAUUGUCUCUGCAAUCACAGUUUCAACGUAUCACUUAUAUUUUCUUUCGAGAGUUGUUUGUUUUCCAGAGAGGUGUGGGGUUUGAUUUUGUGUGUUCCUCUCGUCUGUUGGUUUUUCGGCUGCUUCAUUGGUGGUUAACUAUGGCUCAGAUCUCGCUUAACAAAGGCAAAGCACCGUUGGUUCGCACUGAAACAGUGAAGAUUGCUAAUUCAGUUCUCGCUCAGCGGAUACAACAAUUCUCGUUGAUUCUUAUUGGGCGGUUGAUAAAUCCAAGUGUUCAACGGAUGGAGUUCUUGGUGGCUAAUUUGCCUAAGAUCUCGAAGAUGGAAGAUAAGGUGGUGGGAGCAGAUUUGGGGCAAGGUCUCUUUCAAUUUAACUUUGACGUAGAGGAGGAUCUUCAGUCGGUUUUGAUGAAUGUAUCAUUUUGAUGGGUGGAUGGUUUCUUUGGUGAAAUGGGAGCCUAUUAUCUCAUCCACUUAUCCUUCUGCAAUCAACUUCUGGAUGAAGGUAAUUGGUAUCCCCAUGCAUCUUUGGGAAGUUGCAACCUUAAGAUUUAUAGGUAAGAAGGUGGGUAUACUUAGAGAAAUUGAUGAAGAGUCUAUGUGUGACUGUUAAUGAAUUUAAUCCUCUUUUUCUCAAACUGGUAGUUCCUUUUGAUACUGGGGAUGAGGUUAUUGUUUCUCUUGAGUAUGAGAAGCUGGUGGGAUAUUGUGAGCAUUCCCAUCGACUCACACAUGAUGAGAGGGGGGUGUCCAGAGUUGCAUAAGGGGGUUGGUGAGCAGGUUGCGGAGCAUCAAGCGGAUAAGAGGGGUGCCCAGCGACAGCAUUUACAGGUUAAACAAGGGGGUUACAAAAAUGAAGGUGGUUGGGAGAAACCAAGAAAGUAUGUUAAGAGGGCUCUGGAUUUCAGGGUCAGGAUUCUAUUGUCUGUGAUGUGGAGCCUUAUGGUUCUCGAUAUCAAGAGAGGUCUCAUGGUUCGGUUUGGGGUCAGAAGAAGCAGCUCACAACAGUCGAGUCUAGUGGUUCUGGUGGUCAGCGAGGUUCGCAUAUGCUAGGUAGUGACUCCUUGGGGCAGGUUUCCUCAUUUACUCUUAACCGAAAGGGAAUGGGUCCGGUGUGGCCUAAACCUUUGUAUAAGGCUUAACAAGGUGUCGUUGAGAAGCAGUUGCUGGAGGAAGAGUGCGAUGACCGUAGGGCUUCAGCUUCUCAGGUGGUUUCGGUUGGUGAGGGUGAUACUCAUAAUGGGCUUGCCAAAGAGUUUGUUGACACAAAAUUUAUGGAGGAGACCGAUGACUUGUUGGAGAAUGGAGAGUAUCUCGAAGGCGGCAAUUUGGUACUAGGUGAAACUGGGUCAGGAAAGGAGGAUGUGCCUAUUUCCAAUUAGGGGAAUGAUCUCCAGAUUGACAUGGAUGGUAUUCCGCAAGGUGCGGGGAAAAAAUAGAAGGGACUCUGGAGACAGGACAAUAAUACUUUGCGUGGUAAACCAGUGGAUGGUGGUCGUCAAGUCAAGAAAGGGACGGUGGCUCUCCCGAAACCACCGGUGGAGACGUGAAGAUCCUGAGUUGGAAUUGUCAGGGCAUAGGGGCUGACCUGACAGAGAAUUAUUUUGGGUGAUUUGUGGAGUAAACAUGGACCAGACAUUUUAUUUUUAUCAGAAACCAAAAAAUGUUUUUCUUAUUUACAAAAAUUUCAGAAUAAGUUUGGUUAUAAUAAAUUGUAUACCGUUGAACCCCGCGGGUCUACUGGUGGUUUAGCCUUA